CAAGAAAUUGCUCCGACUGGAAAUGCCUAUGUGAAGUUUUCCCUCGCCGAUGCCACAGGAGAAACCCUAAAUAGCUUCUGAUACAUGGCCAGUUCCUGAGAAUUCAUUAUACCUUCUGAAUCCGAGCUUAUUUGUAACUUCUCCAUCACAAUUUGAGGUUAGCUCUCUCGAAGAAUCGGGGAAAAGGUCGCGUUUUCCCCCUCAGGUCAGAUUCUCUAUUUCUCUUUCAUGGCGGGUUUAUCUUACCUGAAGAGGGUUCUUGAUUCUUCUCUCCACGGGGGAGAUUUGGCUGCUGAUUUGGGUAUUGCUUUUCGGGUUUGGGGUUUUCUGAAUGUAAGGGCCUUUUCAUCUGUUGAAGAUGUGGAAACUGGUAAUGGGCACAACCAGGACGAGGUGAAAUUCCAUAAAGUCCGUUGUUUGCUGAAUGAGUAUGGAUUCACGGCUGACCAAAUAACUAGAGUUUACAAGUGUUCUCCAUCAAAUUUUAUAACUGCGGAGACACUUUCUCCAAAGCUUGCGUUUUUGAAGUCUAUUCUGGGCUCAAAUGAUGAUGUUGCGAGGGCUGUCGCUGCAAAUCCUAAAAUGUUACACUACAGUUUGAGGAAUAGACUCAUGCCAAACUACCAGCUCAUGAAAUCUAUUCUUGGCCGGGAUGAGUUAGCUGCUAAAAGCGUUAGACGGUGGUCAGCUCUCUUGUACAUGGACGUUCAAAAGAAUUUGGCUGUUAAAGUUUCUUUCCUCAAAGAAUCCGGUCUCCCCUGUUCUUCCAUCGCCAAAUUAAUGGAGCAUUCUCCACGUGUGCUUGGCAAGUCUUCUAAUUCUAACCUCGAGGAAUCUCUGAAGAAAGCAAUGAAUUUGGGGUUUGAACCUUCGAGCCCCAUGAUUGUCUCUGCUAUCAGGGCGAUAUGUCAGAUCAAUAGAUCAAUUUGGGAUCGGAAAAUUGAGCUUUACAGAAAAUGGGGUUGGUCGAAUGAAGACUUUGUUGUGGCUUUCAAGAAAAAUCCUUCCAUUAUGCGUAUAUCAGAGGGGAAGAUAAACAAGGUGAUGGAUGUACUUUUGAAUACAUUUGGUUUCAGCUCUUCAGAUGUUGUCAAGUACCCAGUUGUCAUGCUCUUGAGUGUGGAGGGGAGAAUCGUCCCUAGAUGUUCGGUCAUUGCCCUUUUGGUCUCAAAGGGCUUUUUAUGCCCUAGUUUCGCUACUUAUGCCCGUGCCCUUCUAGAAAGGGAUGAGAUUUUCGUGAAAAGGUUUGUCGAUAAAUAUCCAGAGCAUGUUCUUGAGGUUUGGCAAACGUUUCCACCGGAAGCUGUUGUUUGAUUAUGUAUUCUCACAGCAGUACAGUACUAAUAACAUGGCUCUUCAAAUUAUUCGAUCCAAUGAAGCUUCUUUUAUCA